UCCGCCAGGCAAAGAAGCAGACUAUAACAGUGCGUUGUCCAGAAUGUGAACUGCACUGUUCCUGAAAGAGCUUCAGGUGGAGACGGGUUUUGACAAAGAUUCUUGUCCGUAAGCAUUACUAAGGGACGCUGAAAUAUAUGUAAAGAGAGAACAGGUAUCUGUAGAAGAGGUUCGGUUACAAGGAAACAUGGGGAUAAGAAAUAGUGAGAAAGGCCUGACAAGGCAGGUUCUGUCUCUGAUCCUUUUUCUCUGUGUGCCGGAGGUGAGAACUGAAACGCUUCGGUAUGCUGUGACUGAAGAAACAGGAAGCGGGUCUUUCGUGACGAAUAUUGCAAAGGAUUUGGGGCUGAAAGCCGAGAAACUGUCCGCUCGGCAGGCCCGGAUUAUUUCUGAAGGGAAAAAACAGUAUUUUCAGCUCGACCGCAGCACCGGGGAUUUGUUUAUACAAGAAAAAAUAGACCGAGAGGAGCUCUGCGGGCAGAUCGACCCCUGCCUGGUGCAUUUUGAGAUAUUGCUGCACAGUCCGCUACAGUCCUACCGAGCUGAGGUAAGCGUUUAUGAUAUAAAUGAUCAUUCUCCGGUGUUCUUGAAUAAUGAAUUUAUCCUAAAGAUCUCGGAAAGUACUAUACCUGGAAACCGGUUUUUACUGGAGAGUGCCCAGGAUUUAGAUGUUAGCAACCACAGUCUCCAGAAUUACAGCAUUAGCUCUAAUGACUAUUUUCAGAUUUAUACUCGGGAUCGCAGUGACGGCAGAAAGUACGCAGAGCUGGUGCUGGAUAAACCCCUGGACCGUGAGGAGAAGCCGGAGAUCAGUUUCACACUCAUAACUAUCGAUGGUGGUUCCCCACCGCGGUCGGGUACAGCCCGAAUUCGAGUUAUGGUUCUGGAUAUAAACGACAAUAAUCCGGUAUUUUCUCGUCUUCUUUAUAAAGUCCAGAUUUUGGAAAAUACACUUGAAGAUUAUUUGUUAGCUACAGUCUCUGCUACCGAUUUAGACGAAGGAAUUAAUGGGGAAAUAUCCUAUUCCAUUAUUCAAAAUUCAGAGGAAAAUCGCCAAACUUUUAAGAUAAAUCCUAUCACCGGGGAAAUUCGACUCAAGCGGCCAUUGGAUUUUGAAGACAGAGAAAACUAUGAGAUAGACAUACAGGGCAUGGACGGCGGGGGUCUGUCUGCACACUGCAAAGUCCUGGUGGAAUUGCUGGAUAUGAAUGACAAUGCUCCGGAGGUGACCAUAACAUCCCUCACCAGUCCUAUCCCCGAAAACUCCCAGCAGGGGAGAGUGAUGGCUCUAUUCAGUGUCAGAGACCGGGACUCCGGCGAUAAUGGGAAAACUGUCUGCUCCAUAGAGGACGAGCUGCCUUUUACUGUCAGAAAAGUAUCAAAAAAUUCCUACUCUCUGGUGACCGAAAGCGCACUGGAUCGUGAGAGACUAUCGGAGUACAACAUAACAAUCACUGCUCAGGAUUUGGGAUCUCCCAGACUCGCUACUGCAGUGACAAUCACCGAAAUAUCAGAUAUUAAUGACAAUUCUCCCGUGUUUAAUGAAGCGUCAUACACUAUGUAUAUAAGAGAAAACAACGGGCCAGGGAUAAAAAUUGGCAAAGUCAGUGCUAUUGAUUCGGACUCAGAGCAGAAUGCCAAAGUGACAUAUUCUCUAUUGCCUGCUGAGGUAGGUGGCCUUCUGCUUCUCUCUUAUAUCUCCAUAAACUCGGAAAAUGGGAAUGUGUACGCUCUGCGAUCCAUGGAUUAUGAACAGAUAAGAGAGUUCCAGGUCACAGUGAGAGCUGCAGAUGGCGGGUCCCCUCCACUAAGUUCUGAAGUCGUUGUCCGAGUUGUGAUAAUUGAUGACAAUGACAACUCCCCCUUCAUUUUAUACCCUCUGCAGAACAGCAGCUCUCCCGCUAAUGACCUAGUUCCCAAGUCGGCGGAGGCGGGUUACCUGGUGACGAAGGUGGUAACUGUGGAUGGAGAUUCCGGUCAGAAUUCUUGGCUUUCCUAUCGGCUGCUGAAGGCCACAGACCCAAGUCUCUUCACUGUGGGUUCCCAAAAUGGUGAAAUAAGGACCACUAGGCCAUUAAAUGAACGAGACAGCUUCAAGCAGAAACUUCUUAUCCUUAUUAAAGAUAACGGAGAACCAUCCCUAUCAACCACAGCGACGCUAAAUUUUCUUGUGGUGGAUGGAUUUUCAGACGCGUAUAUGCAGAUUUUUGAGGUACCCGGCGAAGAAGAGAAGGACAGCACACUGACUACGUAUUUAGUGAUAGCGCUAGCUAUGAUUUCAUUCAUUUUUUUAUUUUCGAUAGUAGUAUUUGUAAUUAUUAAGGGAUGUAAAAGGCGAAAUUUUAGUGAAAAAUAUAACUCGGCUUGUAGCAAUUUUUAUGGCGCUAACGGCUUCCCCGGUGAUUUAGUAGGUGCCAGUGGACCCGGAAUCCUAUCCGAGCCUUGUCAUUAUGAAGUCUGUUUGACAAACGGAUCGAGUAACAGCGAGUUUAAAUUUCUCAGACCAAUAAGUUUUCUUGCUCAGAAUUCUGAAAUAGACAAGGUCAGAGACAAUGAUUUUCUUAAUAGUUCCCAUGCGGGUAGUCAGAUAGAAUCAGUGAGUCAGGACAGAAUAUCUGCUUGUGUUGAUUAAUAUUUAAUUUUCCAAACUUGCUUUGAUGCUUUUUAGUAAGAGUUUAACAUAAUUUUAAACAAUUUGAGUGUGCAUAGUAAUAAUUUAGCUAUAUACAUCCCUACUAUUCAAUCUUCACGCCCUUGCCUUGUACUUUAAUUAUGAAUAUUCCUCUUCUCAUAGAAAUCCAUUGAUGAUGAUGAUGAUGAUGAUGAUAGCGAUGUCCCUGUGUGUACAGAUAUUAUUUUAGAUUAGUGAUUUUUGGUUAAAUUUUCGAGAGCGACAGAAAUUCCUAAAUCACUUUUGAAAAUGGGACUUCGUUCUAAAUCACUUAGUCACUUUUGAAAAUUUUAGCCUUUGUUGCGAAACUGUAGUAUUGUGUGGGAUGAAGAACAUGUAACUCUCUCAGCUCCACUGAAGUCUCGAUAAAAUUAUCCCACUUUGAACUCUGCUUGAUAAGGUUCAUGAGGCCACUUAGGUCCAUGAAUUAACAUGUAAUGCAACAUACGUAUAAAAUCUUUUCAUGUAGAAAAAGUUGAGGCAAAUUCCCGACUGAUUUCCUUUAGGACUGGAAUGUAGGGAUCGCUAUUAGCUGGACAGACUUGAAGUGCCAUUGCUUAGUUUAUCCACCGGCAUUGUGGAAGUCAUGGAACAACACUGUUCCUAAAGUACCCCAGAUAUAGAAUGUAUCAUAUAUGUCUGGAUCAAAAUUUUCCAGCUGGGGGCCUAAACACAGGCAAGCAAACGCAUAUUCAGGCCCCCCCCAAUAAAAGUGGGCUUUUUUUUUUCUGGGCUUCCAUUUUCUUCAAUGGGAGUUGAAAGAACGCUGUAGUUUGGAAAGUUAGACCACGCCCCUAAGGUGUCUAACUUUAGGCACUGACUUUGCAGACCGUUACCCUCGCCUUUAAUUUCUCCAUUGACGGUUGAGCUCACAACCACCUUUGGAAACUCUUUCAAAUUUCUUCAUAUUAUUUCGUUUAAAAAAAAUCUGACCUUUAACAUAUGUUCUUCGAUAUGGGUCAUACCCCUAACGUGUCUAUAUUCACACCAGAAGUAUGACCCUUUCCAGGUUUAGCUGUGGCCCUCACAAUUAUUCACUUUUAACAUGGUUCACCAAACCCUGAGGGAGACUUACCCGCCAGAUAUCUCUGGCUAAUAUCAUGGUCACUGACCACUAGAACUUUUAGCACUGAAAUGAUGGCAUAUAAUCCCAACAGUCAUAUCUUGUGUGUGUGUUCAUCUCUUGUUAAACUUUGUAGUUGUUUACAUCAUUAUUCACUCAAAUUAAACGUCUCUGUAUUAAAUUAGCACAUAUCAGGAAUAAGAUUAAUCGAUUUGAAGUGAAAUAACUGGAGUGUAUUGUGACUGCAUGUUCUGUUCCCUAAACUCAAUAAAAUCUAUAUUUCCUUUG